AUGCACGCCUCAGGAAAGCGUCGGGAUGAUGGACAAGCCCAGGGUGCCCGUCCAAAGGAGACUGUGUCUGCAGGGAAAGAGCCAGUUCAUAACCUGACACAUAAAUCCAGCUCAGAUGAUCCAAAGAGGAAGAAAGCUCCUCAAGAGAAAUCGGGCCAGAACAGAUCCAGGCCAAAGUGGAAGGAUGAGCCAAGUGCGAUGGAUCUAGCGGAGGGGGAGGAGAAACUUAAGAGGAUGAAAGAUCGACAGAACUUCCUUCGUAAUCCACGCUUCCUUCCCCUGAAUACACAGAAGGGCGGCAAGUCCCUCAUCCAGGACAGGGCCGCUGGUGAUCGUGCUCCACUCUUCAAACCAAAUCCCCCAGUGGUGAUGUUUACUGAGUACAACGUGGGACAUUCGUACAAGACCACACUGGAGCUGAUAAACGUGACUUCCUUGAGCCACCACGUCAGAAUCGUCCCCCCCACCACUCGUUACUUCUCGGUUGGCCUGGGGAGAUUCCCCAGUAAAGGUGGCAUUGUUGCUCCAGGAAUGAGUGUUAAGUACACGGUCAGUUUCACUCCAGACAGCCUGGGUGACUACAAGGAUUUUAUACAAGUAGUGAUGCAGGCUGGGAGCAAACUUGUGGUACCCAUUGAAGCGCGGCGUCCUCCUCCUAAACUCACCUUGUCAAGAGUCCUGGACUGUGGUUUUUGCCUGGUCGGUGGAGAAAAGCGUGUUGAGUUCCCUUGCCGAAAUGUCGGCCUCAGCACUGGGAGUUUUGACAUCAUCCCAAAGAGCCAGUGGCCAGUCUCAGAUCUUAGGUCUGUAGUUGGAACAAACUUCACUGAGCAGCCACCCUUUAAAGUGACUCCAUCAAUGUUCGUGCUGCAGCCUGGCGAGGCUACUGUUGUACAAGUUGUUUUCUCUCCCACCAUUGCAAGAAAGAGCCAUCAGGUUUUCACUGUCGUCUGUGACAACUGCCAGGUGCAAGACGUUUCCAUCAAAGGUGAAAGUCAAGUGAUCGCACUCGAGCUCGUCUCCGUAUCUGGGGAGAGGGGCCCUCCUGUGUUGGGAGAGAUGCGCGACAACGCUGCAGAGCACCUUGUCCGUUUCAGCCCAUGCAACCCUCACUCUGUGCAACACAAGUCGCUGGUCAUCAGAAACAACAUCAACUUGGAGAUGCCUUUCAAAUGGGGAAUCAUGAAGCCCGAUCUGGAUCAUCUGCUUCCAGAGGAAACCCCCAAGUCUGCACAUGUUCAGUCCCACCCGGACACAGACGAUGUUUUCCACAUCAGCCCCUUAACAGGCGUCCUGGCUCCUUGCCAGGAACAAGAGUUUCGCAUCAGUUUCUGUCCGAAGGAAUUGAAGGAUUACCACUCUGUCUGUCACUUAGUUGUAAGGGAUGUCCCCCAGCUGCCCCCAGAGCCCAGUGAGCACAGUGUUUCCCAGCCUGGCCCCAAGGUGAGUGACGUCACCGUCAUGAAAGGAAAGGUCCAGGGACGUACAGAGCCGUACCAGAUCCUCCUGGACCCCGAUGCUGUUGUAAUCCCUGGAGACAUCUUUAUACACACCACCACUUGCAGGCUAUUUAAGAUGUGGAAUUAUAGUAAAACCUUCAUUUUGUUUCAAUGGGAGACGUUCAACAGGAGUGGCCAUGUGAUAGAAGUGAAGCCAUCUGCUGGUAGAAUAGAGGAGGACAGCUGCUUUGAUUUCAAGCUUGUUGUGACUGGAGGGAAACCAGAGAAGAUUGUGACCAGCUUGAUUUGCAACAUACAACACCACCACAAGCCCAUCACUUUGCCUGUAGAAGUCUCUUUCAAAGGUCCCACAGUGACCGUCAGUGUUCCCAGCAUUGACUUUGGUCUGCUGAGACUUGGGGAGGCGACUCACGCUACUUUUCUCCUCACCAAUCCCACCCCAUUGAGGGCCAAAUGGAAGCUGGAGCAGAGCCUCAAUAGUUUUCAAGACCACCAAGACACACAGAUGACGGUGAAGCCCAGCAGUGGUACGCUGCCACGUUUGGCUUCUUGCAGUGUGGAAGUGUUCUUCAGGCCACGAUCCUGCCAGCAGUUUGAAACUGAGCUGGAGCUGACGGUGGAGAACGGAGAAGGAGGUCACCUGAGGGUGCGAGCAGAUGUGCAGUCUCCUCAGGCGUGCCUGUUAAACUGCAGGCUUGUCCUCUCUGAACUUUACCUUGGAGUUCCCACCACAGCCAGCGUGACUCUUCUCAAUCAGACUCUGCUGCCGUCACACUUCAGCUGGGUGGGCCAGCUCCAGGGCAAACAGGCUUCACUGUGUACAGCCACUUUCCACCCCUCCUCUGGUAUUCUAGGGCCUAAUGAAAGCGUAGAUAUUCUAGUUAAUUUCACCUCUCGCACAGACCUGGAGCUGACUGAGGUGACGGCUCUCUGUGAGGUGGAGGGGAUGAACUCACCUCUUGUUCUCGCUAUCGUAGCUUCCCCGAGCAAGAAACUCAGCGUGACCUACUCGGUGCCCCGUGUCUGUCCUCCACUGGAUGAUGCUUGCCCUCCGCCACUGGUGCUCCACUUUGGGGAAGAUGUUAUUUUGAAGAAAGCUGUGACCAAGCAGCUGCUGAUAACCAAUCAAACUGCCAUCCCUGCGACUUUUACUAUCCAGGCAGAGUAUUUCACCUGCCAUGCCUCCAAGACUGAUAGCAAACCACAGAAAAGAUUCUCAGUCUCUUUCCGGGCUAAGCAAGAGGAAGCAAAAGCACAUGAAGAGUUUGUGAGCGGCCUUCUCGCUUAUGGAAAAGGUGCUGCUUUCCACGUGAACCCAGACUCAGGGCCGCUGGGGCCAUUUCAGACUCAAACUGUGCACGUGACUGCCUACACAGACAUGUGGGGGGAAUACAGAGAUCAGCUCGAAUGCAAAGUUGGGACACUUGAACCCGUCCUUAUUCCUGUGCAGAUGACUGUAAAAGGUUGUCCGCUCUACUUCCAGAUAACAGGACCACGGGAAGACGACCAGCACCAGGGACCAACUAUAUACUUUGGCACUCACAUCUCUGGAGGGGACACAGUUUCUCGAGCUCUCUACAUCAAAAAUCCCACCAUGUUUGAUAUCCGUGUGGACUGGGAGACUUACAACAUAGAUCAGAAUGACCGUAAACUGGUGGAUGUUGUGGUGAAAUGUGGAGACCCUUUCCCACUUAAAGAUGCCGACGGGAAUGAGAUACAGAGAAGGCCUUUAGGACUUUUUGAUGGAGACAUUCUAUCAGCAGGGGAGGAGGUUAACACACCCGACUCCAAGGGCGCAAGCGCUUCCCUCCAAACUGUGAGUGAUGUGGAAGAGGAGAACGUUAUAUCUGAGAGUGACUUGGCAGAAGAGAAGACUUGCCUUCAUCCUUCUGCUGUGAAGAAAAACUUUGUCUCCGUCCACAUCAGACCGCAUGUGGGCAACCUCUCAGAUGAGCCUUACUGCAUCACACCACGACAAACAGUGAUUCCAAGGAAGAGCACUGCAACCUUUCAUGCCUCCUUCACGCCUGUGACUCUCUCUGGGACGGCCUGUGAGUCCACAUGUGUGGGCCUGGCGCUGGGUUUCAUGAGCCUAGACUCCCAGGCUAGAGCUUAUGUCCCAGGUAAAGUUAGAAGGGUACAGGGUUUGGAUUUAGAGCCUAUCCGACUGGAUCUACAGGCAGCCGUUAGCCCUGCAGUGCUGUUAGUGCAGAUGGAGGAGGACGACGGGGUGCUGCAGUUCACCGCCUCUGCCGGUGAUUUACUGAAGGGAGAAUCUGACAAAGAGGUCAGUGUUUGCGAAUUUGAUGUUAAACAGAGAUGUCAGCUUAAGAACCCCUUGAAGAUGCCCUUACGCUUCAGACUGGAGACUAAGCCUCCAUUUUCAGUUUUCAAGUCUCAGCCUCGAGCUCAGACCAGCAUCUCCAGCAGCACUGCCACAGAUGACAGUUACCCUCUUUUGCUGCAACCUGAAGAAUGGAUCGAGGUGAAAGUGGCCUUUCACUGUUCCUUGCCACUUCUGGACACUGUGGAUCAGCAAGGAGAGGAACUCCUCCCCACAGCGAUGCUGAUCCACAGUAAAAGUGGUCAGAAGAAGCUUCGCUUUGAGCAAAACCUCCAGAUCACCUUCAGCAACAACACCCAGCAGACGGUGCCUCUCCGAGCCCAUCUGUAUCUCCCUACACUGAGUCUGUCCUGCAACUCCCUCAGCUUCGGGGUUUGCUACGUUGGGCAGACACAGACUAAAGACGUGAACCUAAACAUCGCAGGAGGUCACAUCUACUGGAAGUCACUUAUAGAGUCUGGUGAAGGAGAAUCGGAUGUGUUUAGAGUUACACCUGAUUUUGGGCUUCUCAAAUCCAACAAGCCCUACGCGACCGUCUGCAGCCAGAGUCUACAGCUCAGCUUCACUCCCAGCGAGGACAGAGAGUUCAAGGCCGUCAUGGUCAUCACGUCUCCUUUGGUGAAGACUCCCAUCACUCUGCAGCUCCAGGGAACAGGAUCCGGAUGA